AUGGGCUGCGCUAGUAGCAAUGGCCAGGCAGCCCCCGCGCCGCCGAAGAGUCCCAGUGGUCAGGACGCCGGGACGGAGAAGGAGAGACAGACAGACUCCGAAGGGGAGCCUGAGACGCAGCUGGAGGCUCCUCCCAUCAUCAAGAUCACUCCACCUGAUGAGGCCACUAAGGUCAGACACGAGUUGCUGGCAGACCCUGCCUCCGAGACGAAUGACUUCAUAGCUCCCACGUCGUACUCUAUCCGGCCUGAUAACAUCUCGUUGCAAGGCGAGGAUGGCAAAUGCCGCGGCUUGUUCAUCUGCUGUGCCGGAGCCGGCUAA